AUCAGUUUGCGUCUAUUAUUCUUGGCUCUACUCUUUCCAGUCAAUGAAUCAAUUGGACGAACUAUUUACGUAGAACAGGUAUAAUGUUUACCAUCUGUGCUUUUCACCAGUGGGUGUCGUUAAACUCUUGCAAAACGCAAAGUGUUACGCUCUUAUUGUCUGGAAUGACCAAAAAUGGAGUUCAGCUCUUGGGUCAGUAAAUGCAGCAUCACACUGAACUCUAAAGGUCACGAGGUCAGGAGAUCGUUAACUAAUUGAUCAGUCUGUCUGGGCAGAGUUCAGCGCCAUGACCAACGAAAAGACGAAAGUGAAGUUCAGUUGGCUGCGCACAGCGUUCAUCUCACCUACGAAGUUCCAGAAGAAUGACCUCGGUUUGGCUCGGCCCACACGCUGGGGCGGUGAUGCACGUGAUGAAUCGUGUGAAGACUCCUCUCCCAGCCUGGACGUGUCUUCCAGCUCAGUGGGACUGGGAGAAAUGGCGAACAUUAACCUCAGCACACCUCAGGGGAGACGUGUCACACCAUCGCAGACACCGGGCACUCAGGAAACACCCCGUCUGGCCCGCAGACCCUGCAGACUGUUCGGGAACACAGAGUCGCCGUCGUCCACCGUUGGUGAGAAGCGAAAAGACAGGACUCCAGAGGAGGGUUCAAAGGUCAUCUACCUCCGAGCCCUGGAUGCCGCUCUCGGUAACAGACAGAGGAAGUCGCCCCACACCGAGAACCGUACCAAGAGGCGGCAGUCCCAGACAGCUCCCAGAGAAACCCUUGAUGUUAAACCAGAGAUGGAGAGAAACACAGAGCAAAGCUUCUACUCGUUCAGUGAGGAAACUGUCCAGUCAGAGGAGCAAACACCCCCCCCACACGUCAUUAUAGACACACAGGAAGAGGAGAACACAGUGGUAGCCCACACUGAGAACGUGGUCCUGAAAGGAAGCCACUCUCCUCCUUGGUCAGAUGAUGAGGAUUCGGUCAAUUUAAAGCUUCCGCAGGACGAAUGUUUCGAGCGAGUGAAGAUGUGCAAGAUGGACGGAGAAGCUGGUGGUGCUGACGCUCCACCUCCUUUGGAAUAUGUCCCACCUCCAACAGUCACGCUGAGCCUACAGACCUCAUUUGGUAUGCCAUGGAACGAUUCAUCCCACCAGCCCACCACCUCCUCUUGGAGCACAUGGAGGGAGGGCAAUUCCUCUGCUAGUAAAAAAACAUAUUUACACAGUGAUCCAGUCGUAGAUGUGGGGCAGGACCUUAGUCUUAACGAGUCAAUCGGACAGAGUCCUUCACCUUCAGACUCUUAUGCCUUGUCUCCAAACGAGACGUGUGCAUUCUCGCCAGUGUUUAGACACCGGUCAUCAUAUGCAGGCAUGCCCUAUGGAUUAACGUCGCCCCUUACUGAAGACAUGGUCCCCCGCAGGAGGUCAGCAGGAUCAGAGCCUCUCUGGCUGUCAGACGUCAACUCAUUGGGCUUCAUUGACACCCACUGUCACCUGGACAUGCUGUACGGGAAGUUGGGCUUCCACGGAAGCUUCCGAAGCUUCCGGGAGGAAUACACCAGCAGUUUCCCUGUGGAAUUUCGUGGCUGCAUAACUGACUUCUGCAACCCGAGAAUCACUCAGAAGGAAGCCAUCUGGGAAUGGCUCCUAGAAGAGGAGUUUGUAUGGGGUGCCUUUGGAUGCCACCCUCACUUCGCCAAGGAGUACAAUUCCACUCAUGAGCAAAGCAUCAUGCGAGCCAUGCGUCACCCCAAGACUGUCGCUUUUGGAGAAAUUGGUUUGGAUUACUCGCAUAAGAAUUCAACCAGCCACAGCAAACAGAAAAAGGUGUUCGAGCGGCAGCUGCGAUUGGCCGUGUCUUUGGGAAAGCCAUUGGUUAUACACUGCCGGGACGCUGAUGACGAUUUGCUGGAUAUUAUGAAGAAGUGUGUUCCUCGAGACUACAAGAUACACCGACACUGCUUCACCAACAGUUACUCCGUAAUCGAGCCAUUCCUGAGCGAGUUCCCAAACCUGUGUGUGGGUUUCACGGCGUUGGUGACGAACCCUAACGCCGUGGAGGCCCGAGACGCCGUAAGGAAAAUUCCGUUGGACCGAAUCCUGCUGGAAACCGACGCACCCUACUUCCGGCCCAAACAGGUGUCCAAGUCUGUGUGUAGGUUUUCUCACCCCGGAAUGGGCAUACACACUUUGCAGGAAAUCAGCGUGCUGAAGAGAGAGCUCUUCCCCACCGUACUCAAAACAAUCCGCCAGAACACCACACACAUCUAUGGCCUGUAACCCCUCCAACUUCACCCAUUUAAAUCCAUAAAGUUUGUGAAUGUUCUACUCACAGAAUACAUUUUUAUUAAAAAUUAUAGUCAAUUUCCCUAAUCAUAGGUGACUUUCUUGAGUUACUCACAUUUCCCAGAUUGACCUCCAUGGCUUUAGAAGAAGUGAUUUAGGAAUGGAUCUGGCUAUUUGUUUUUUUGUUGUUUCUGAAUUUAGCUUCACCUCAUAUUUUUGCUGCUGUUGUUUUCUCAGUGCUUUCUGGGAGGGAAAAAAAGUAAUAAGAACGCAUUUCUGAUUUGCCAUAUAAACAGUAUCUGCAAUAUGCGGAUAUGAUGUGUAGAAUCUGGCAACCCUGCUUACAGAGCUCGAAAUGAUUCACUCCCUCGGAUGCUUGAUGGAUGCCGCAGGACAGAAAAUCCUUUUAUUUUG